AUGUCGGCAGUAGUUAGUGAUAUAAUCUCGGCUGCUGGAACGAGCAGUAAUCGUUAUCCAUCGUUAGAUUUUGUUUCGACUUCGAGUCCACACGAUGAAUAUGAACUUAUCCAGCGAAUUGGAUCGGGAACUUAUGGAGAUGUUUAUAAGGCAAGACAUAUUCCAACGGCAUCAAUGCGUGCUCUAAAAGUGAUUAAACUUGAAGCAGGUGAUGAUUUUAAUAUAAUUCAGCAAGAAAUACUGAUGAUGUUACAAUGCAGUCAUCCAAACAUCAUCGCCUAUUUCGGAAGUUAUUUAAAACGAGAUAAAUUAUGGAUUGCCAUGGAGCUGUGUGCAGGUGGUUCUAUGCAAGAUAUCUACCAUGGUGCGGAAAAUGAUUAUUUCGCUUGUUUUUAUAUACCAAAGUUUUGUUUUUCAUUAGUUUAUGGACCGCUUGGUGAAUUGCAAAUAGCAUAUAUUCUAAGAGAAACACUGAAAGGUCUAGAUUAUCUUCAUAAAAAUGGUAAAAUGCAUCGAGAUGUAAAAGGUGCAAAUAUUUUAUUAACUGAUGAUGGAAAUGUGAAAUUAGCUGAUUUUGGUGUUGCUGCAAGUAUUACUGCGACGAUCUGUAAACGAAAAUCAUUCAUUGGUACACCAUAUUGGAUGGCACCGGAAGUAGCAGCCGUUGAACGUAAAGGCGGCUAUAAUCAUUUAUGUGAUAUUUGGGCAGUUGGAAUAACUGCUAUUGAAUUUGCUGAAUUACAACCUCCCAUGUUUGAUUUACAUCCCAUGCGCGCUCUAUUUUUAAUGUCUAAAUCGGGCUUUAAACCUCCGACAUUGAAGGACAAAAUGAAAUGGACAUUGACCUUUCAAAAUUUUAUCAAAUAUGCGUUGACGAAAAAUCCCAAGAAAAGACCAUCUGCAGAGAAAUUACUCGAACAUCCAUUUUUUCAAGCGAAUUUAACAGCAUCAAUUGCACGUGAUUUGUUAGAUCGAUUGCACAAUGGUGCAACCAGUAAUCAAAUAGCAGACGAAGAUGAUGAUGAUAAAAAUAAUCUUCAUGUACCACGAAAGAUUACAUCAAACAAAGACAAAUCUACUAAGUCAUCAUCGAGUUCUCGCGCAAUCUUAACAAAUAUCAACCAACCACCUCUCAUUCGUAGCUCCAUUCUUAAUGACUCUAUUCAAUCACAAACCAAUGGAACUGUUUCUUCAAAAACUGAUACGAAUUCUUCUGUAGAUAUCAAUGAAACUGGACUAUUGGAUUCAUUCCUGGACGAAUUAUCCCGACGUGGACACGUGCCACCUUCGUCACGCAAUAAAGACAAUGGCAAUUCCGAACAUAUACAGCGACUGAAAUCGUUGGGUUUAGCGGAUGAAGAUAUUCAACGAUUGAUGUCAAAACUACCGCUGAGUGCAUUUGAUGAUUUAGCGUUGAAUGAAAUCAAACAUAUCGUUGAUGUAAUGCGGGAUGCUGAUGUCGAGGAAAAUGAAGUCGAAGAAGAGGAAGGAACCGCGGAUAAUACAAACACGAUUAAACGCUCGCCAUUCCAAAUAACAUUUCCGUCCAAAUCGAGUAAAACAAAGAAAAAAGAACAACAGAAUGCAUAUGAAAAUAUUGACACGAACAACAAUACAUUAAAAUUGAAAAGUGACGAUGGUACAUUGAAAUCGAAACAAGAGAAAUCAACUGGAUCGUCGACUCUAUCCAAUGGGAUACCAAGUGUACCCAGAGUACAUAUGGGUGCUGGAUUUAUGAAAAUAUUCAAUGAAUGUCCACUAGAAAUUCAUGCCAGUUACUGUUGGAUUAACAAUGAAACGAGAGAUCAAAUAGUAUUAAUUGCUGCCGAAGAAGGUGUCUAUUCGUUGAAUCUCAAUGAACUUCACGAUGCCACAUUAGAAUUGUUAUAUCCAAGAAGAACGACUUGGUUAUUUGUUAAAGACAAUAUUCUUUGGUCCAUCUCAGGAAAAUCCAAUACACUGUAUCGUCAUGAUCUGCAUCUGUUGUUCCAUAAUAAAAGCACGGCACGAUUAUCUCUCCAACUAAACAAAAUUCAAUUUCCACAAAAGUUCGAGAAAUUGAUGCCCAAAAAAUUGGUCACAUCAGUUAAAGUCAAUAAUACUCGAGGGUGCAUACGUUGUUGCGUUGGACGAAAUCAAUUCAAUGGUUUUAUUUAUCUUGCUGGCAUGUCGACCAAUGAAGUUUUCCUUAUGCAAUACUAUGAUCCAUUGCGGAAAUUUAUGCACUUAAAAACGGUCUCGAUGUCAAUUCCUGCUGAACCACCGAUAUUCGAAAUGAUCUUUUUACCAGAAAAUCAAUAUGCAAUUGUGUGUAUCGGUGUCAGUAAAAGUAAAUCUCCUACAAAUGCAUAUAGAUUUGCAUCGGUGAAUUUUGAAACAGAAAAAAUGGAAAACUAUCAUGAUGUUCAAAUACUUUCCGAUGUGUCUCAUAUUAUUCAACAUGAAAAAGAUGCGGAUACAAUAUUGAUUUGCCACGGAAAUGAUGUAAAUAUUGUUAAUGCUCAAGGUAAACCUCGGACAAGUAAACGAACACCGGCCGAACUUCAUUUCGAUUGUGAAGUUCGAUCUUUGGUCUGCUUACAAGACAGUGUUCUUGCCUUUCAUGAACAUGGCAUGCAGGGACGAAGUUUAAAAGACAAUGAAGUAACGCAAGAAAUAAACGAUCAAACUCGAUCCUUCCGAGUCAUUGGUAGCGAUCGAUUAAUUGUCUUACAAAGUCGUCCAUCUUUAUCUUCAAAGUCUUCCGACACAGACGAUCAUCUUUCACAAUCUAUGAGCGCAUUGACAACAAGUCCAUUCUCAUUCUCUCCAUGCGAUUUACACAUAUUAAUGGGCCACGAAAAUACUUAA